AUGCCGUCUCCGGGCUCUACCAGCACAGCCUCACAUGAGACAUCUCACUCGGCUCUGCCGUCCAUGCAGUCCUACUCUCGGUCGAAUCCCAUUGACCUGACGCUCGACGACGACGACCGUGACCCAUACCAGCCUCAGGACAGGCUUCUCAAACGACCGUGUACAAGCACGCGCAGCUUCAAUGCCUCUUGUGAAUCUAUCUUGGAGGAGCGCGCGCGCUCUCAAUCGCAGUCCUCUGGCCUUACACCUGUAAUGUCCGCGUCUGCAAUCCUUCCUCCCGUAGGGCAGCCAAACAUAUCCUCGCACCUAUCUCAGUGGCAGCACCAUUCGCCUUUCCAAGGGCCACAGCCUCCUAUACCAUCUUCUAUUCGUCCGCCACCAUUCACCGGCCCGUCCACUUCCUCUGCGUUUUUCCCUGACCGCACCAAGUCUGAAUCCAUGCAGCGGCCUCCUAUGCUUGCCCCAUCUCCUUCGCGCCACGGACUUGAGCGUUCUCCUUCCCCUCCGCCAUCUCGUCCCCUACAACCCCAGCAGGGCAACCUGCCGCCCGAUUUACCUCCCAAGACACCCGUAUGUAUCGGACAGCUGACUGUCACAGCGCUCGUCCUGUACCCGAUACCAUAUCUCUCCACCCAAGAGCAUGCGGACACCGAGUGGGCGCCGGUACGGUUGACUUACGAACAUACGCCGCACAAGGCGGCAGGGUCGGAGACAAUACAUAUCAAGACGCCUAAUGGCAAGUCCCCCGCGGGCGAGGUUCUGCAGGGCGAGAGCUUCGCCUUCGUAGAGCAGAAGGCCGCCACUUUCUUGGGCCCCAUGUUGGGGAAGGGUCUCAUCCGAUUAGAUGCUAAAGUGCGGCGUGGCAUGCCGAAUCUCCCCAUAUUGCCUUUGCAACUGUUAGUUUACACGCCCAAGGGCAACAUACCCGUCGUCGCGAACUACCUACAGCAAUCCGGGUUCCUACUGGAUCACCCGACGCUGCCCGGAGACAUCCACCGCGUAAUGAACUCCUAUUACUACAACCCACAUAAUCCUCCGGCCGGAGGACACAGUCGAAACAACCACCAUAAUGGCCGCAUGGGCUACUCCGGGCCAGGAGGCAGCAAUAUGGGUCGAUGGGCCGCUCCCGGAGUACCCGGCAAGAGCGUGGAAAUUCAGCGGAGCCAGGUGGACGAGUUGUUCAAGAGCUUACAAGACGGUGAGGAGCUGCAGGAGACCGAUCCUCCACCUGAGAUAGCGACGACGCUUUAUCCUCACCAGAAGAAGGCGCUGACGUUCCUCUUGGAAAGAGAACGGGAGCGCCCCGGCUCAGGGCCGUCGGGCAACUAUUCGUCGCUGUGGCAGGAGCGGAGGAAUCCGAUUACUGGUCAACGCUCGUGGCUGCAUCUCAUUACGCAGCGGGAGAUUCAUCAGGAACCUCAGGAAGCUAAGAGCUCGAUACUUGCAGAUGACAUGGGUUUGGGAAAGACCAUUACAUGCGUCUCCCUCAUCGCUGUAACGUUAUCUUCGGCACGUCAACAUGCCGCUACGCCCGUUGUGCGGCCGAGUGCACCCCCCGAGCCUCCGGGGCCUCCACUAUCUGCCGAUCAUUUUGCCGGAAGUGUGUGGGGUAUGCCGACGCAGCACGGACAAGGCAGCUGUUCAACUUCCAAGGGCAAAGCGAAGUCUUCCCGGGACCAGGAUCGCGAGCAGGCCGGGUACACGAGGGCGUGUCGCAUCAAAGUCCGAACGCGGGCCACGUUGAUCGUCUGUCCGCUCUCGACAGUCGUCAACUGGGAGGACCAGUUUCGAGAGCAUUGGCGGGCGAAUGCAAGUGGUGCUCCCAGUGGGACUUCUACGCCCUGCGGCAGUGCCUUCAUCAACGGCCCUGGAAUGUACACCUUUCCUUCCAGCUCAUCGUCGAUUCCGGUGAAAUCGGAAGCGCAAGUGCCCCCUGGGCGCGUCCGCGAAGGAACGCCACUCCGCGUCUAUGUCUACCACGGCAAUGCACGACGCCCCGAUCCCACUUUCCUUGCGGACUUCGACGCCGUAAUUACCACGUACUCGACUCUAGCUUCGGAGUUUUCGAAGCAGUCAAAGAGUAUUGCUUCCGCGGGGGAUGAUGAUGACGAGGAUGACAAUAGCUCGGAUGGCGAGCGUCUUGAGGUCGACGAAAGGGGAAAUCAAUUCAUCAAGCUCUCGAAGCCGAAGAAGGCUGGCAAAAAGAGAAAGAAAUGCGGCGUCAACGGCGUGGAGGCGACGAGUCCCUUGCAGAGCGUGGACUGGUUUAGAGUCGUCCUCGACGAGGCGCACUCGAUCAAGGAGACGAGUACCGUCGCCUGCCGCGCUUCUUGCGAUCUCGUCGCCGAUCUUCAGAAUAAGCUGGAUGACGUGUUUGCGCUUGUCAAGUUCCUCCGCUUAGACCCGCUCGAUGACAAGGGCAUCUGGACGGAGUUCAUCGGCACGCCUGUCAAGUACGGACAGCCCCUCGGUGUUGCUCGUCUACAAACGAUCAUGAAGUGUAUUACCCUCCGUCGAACCAAAGAGUCGACGGCGGAGGACGGUCGCAAGAUCCUCUCGCUACCUCCCAGGAAGGAUGAACUGCGGUAUCUCAAGUUCGACCCUGAGGAGCAAGCGAUAUACGACCAGUUCUUCACCGAGUCCAAGGCUGAGUUCAACGAGCUCUCGAACAAAAACGAAGUGAUGAAGAACUACGUCGGCAUCUUGCAGAAGAUCCUUCGUCUCCGCCAGAUCUGUGACCAUUUCGAGCUCGUACAGAACAAGGGUCUUGGCCUCCUCGGUGAUGCGCAAGGUCAGGCGGUGUCGUACGACGACAUCAUAGCCACGGUUGCUCGAGAGGGUUUGAACCUACAGCGAGCCACCACGAUAUUCGCUCUUCUCAAGGAAGCGGGCGUCACGCAGUGCGUGGAAUGCGGGGGCGAACUUGCCAGCUCGCAAUAUAGCCUUGACGGUGGUCUUGGCGAGGCGGAAGGUGUUGCGGGCUCAGGAAAGCGCGGAAGGAAGCCCAAGGCAUCGUCCUCCCGAGCCUCGACGCGUCAGAAUAGCCCGUCUGCGCCGCAUCCUAUCCUCACCCGCUGCCAGCAUCUGUUCUGCCUCGGCUGCUUCCGCAAUUCUGUCGCUCCUGGGUGGCCUAAUGUACCGCAAGACGCUGGGCGUUGUUGUUCUGUGUGUCAGACCGGGCUCAACUUCUUCGACGUCGUCGAGGUCAAUCCCGAAGGCGCGCUACCGGACGCACUUACGAAGAAGAAGGCAGUCAAGAAGGAGAAGAGGCAGAAGGGUAUUCUGAUGGAGAACUUCCAUCCAUCCACAAAGGUGAAGGCGCUGCUGUCCGACUUGAUGGAGAUUUCGCGAGCAAAUCCGUACUCGGCGAAUUAUGACCAUCGUCGAUUGAACUCGCAAUGGACAACAAUGCUCGAUAAGGUUGAGGACGCAUUGGAAGUCACGGGCAUCCGUUACAGUCGGUUGGAUGGAACGAUGAAGCGUGAUGAACGAACGCGAGCCAUGGAUUCCUUGAAGCACGACCCUAGCUGUGAAGUUUUGCUUGUCAGUCUGAAGGCUGGCGGAGUGGGUCUCAACCUCACUGCCGCUCAGCGUGUAUACUUGAUGGAUCCGUAUUGGAAUCCUGCUGUGGAGAAUCAAGCCGUGGAUCGUAUUCAUCGCCUUGGUCAGACGCGUCCUGUCCUUACGGUCAAAUACAUCAUCGAGAACUCAAUUGAGGAUCGACUGCUGGAGGUGCAGAGGAAGAAGACCGAACUUGCAAACAUGACUUUAGGAGGUUCGAGCUUCAGCAAGGCGGAGAUGCUCCAACGUCGUAUGGAAGAAUUGAACCAGCUGUUCGGGAGUUAA